GACCAUCUGAGCAGGCCCUUCCGAUCUGUCAUGGAGGCAGGCACAGAGAAAGAUGGAAAUAGAGAGGCGGUCGUGGCCUCGAAGAGGAUUCCUUCACCCUCGGGCUGCUCAGACUAUGAGGAGCCCAGGAAGCCUCUGUGUUCCCAAUCUGGUGGAAGUCCCAUUGUCCUGGGAGCCAAGAGUCAGGAAGACUCCUCAGACUCCCCUGAAUAUCCUCUCAUCAUAAGAACCAAGAAACUCAUCCUUCAUAUGGACAUAAACAACACCAUCUUAGUGUCUGAUAGUGCCACAGCUCAGGGCCCUGUGGCUGCCCUCAACUCUUACCUGAGCACUGUGUGUUGGGGGCAGUUCGACCAGUCUGGUGAGUGGCAGUGGUUGAGUGAAUCUCCUUCACUGCUACCCCCUACCCCUGGUGCCAGCAGCUUCUCCUCAAAUUUUGGCCGGGAUACCACAUUUGCAGCAAGUACCCUGGGCCACCCCUUCCAGACACUCUUCUCCAACUACCUGCAGCUUUUGGAGUGGCCUGGCCAGCCCAAUGCAAUUUUUUCUGUCCCAGGGGAGGAUGGCCGUCAUUACCACCGUGUGCUGCCAGCCUUUUUCAAACUACUGGCUGGUCUUUAUAAGCAGGGCCGCCGCUUUGCUAUCAUUUUCCGCACCUUUGGCAAAGACUUGACCUCACUACUUGAGACCACACACAUUGCCCUUCAAGGCCAACACCCACAAUUCUCAGCUCUGAAAGAAGUGGUGUUCCCUGUGGACCUUCGACCUGGAAAGAUCCGCUGUACUUCAAAAAAGGUGACGGUCAGUCGAGGGAAAGAAUCUGUGUCCAACUGUCCAGAUGCAAGAGGCAUCUAUAACUACUUCAGUGCCAUGGAAGGCCUGGGGGGCUUUCAGGACCACUUUGUCUGGUGGAACCAAAACAGUUUUUCCAGUCAGGGUGGUAAGCCACUAUGGGUGGAUCCCCAUGACCCUGAAGUCCAGCACAUCUGUUUUGAUGAUAAUAUUCGGCUCCAGGAUGAAGAGAGCAUCAUCCAUCCCCAGGUAUUUAUGGGCCAAGAAGGAAGAGAGUACCGCACAGUCCCUACCUCGGAACUCUAUGGCAUCUGCCUAGUGCAGAAUGAUCUCCUUCAGGCCAUUGCCAACCCUGACUACUUCUUGAUGGCCGUGAGCCAAUGUGAGGACCGGUAUGACCAAUACUUGUCACAGGCCCAGGCAGAUAACUAUUGAACUUGGCUCAGCUGAGGAGUGCACUUAAAGACUGUUUCCAACAGAUAGCCCUCCUGAACGUCCAUUUUUUUUUUUUUUUUUUUUUGGCCUACUCCAUUUUAAUCAGGGUAGGGAGGGGGCAGAAGGGAGGAGGGGACAUUGGGUCUGGCCUUCAUCAUUUCUGUUGUCUCUCUUGUCUUAGGCCAAGGUGGGAGUUGUAGCUUGUAGAUUGGGAAUUGAUUUCUCCCUUCACUCCCACCCCAGGACUUUGCACAUGAACCUUUGGCUUGGGUAGGGGGUUCUGACUCCACUUUGGCUUCUGUUACAAACUUGUUCAUCUGAUUGGAAUCCACACAUUAAAGUCUCGCUCC